UGUUGGAGUGGCGUUAGGGUUUGGACGAUGUUUCGGAUGAUGGCAAGUCCUUCACGAGAUCUACUGAAACAGUAGCCAUAAGAACAGGACAAGACUCCCAGAAAAACCUAAAGAAAGAAAAAGAUAAGAGGGAGCUGAAGUUUCUUACGAGCGAAAGGAGAUCAAACAGGAGAAGGGAGAGAAAGCUAGUUUGACCGGAAGGAAUGGAUCGUAGAAGGCGAUAGGCGAGAGGAGAGCUGGCGAACCGGUGGUGGGCCGGGAGCGUGGCGAUGGGCGGGGUCGACCCCGUCGUGACCACCUCCCCCUCGACCCCUUCCUUCCAUCUCCUCAACGCCAACGCCCACCUCAGCCCCCACCGCCUUGACCUAGCCGACAACCCCGCCACCCCGAACAGUAGCGGCAGCAAGAACAACAACCACGCCAACGACGACGACGCCAUCGGGGACGACAACUCCGGCGGCGGCGGCGGGGGCGGGGGCCUUGACGUCCUCGAAGCCGGAUCAGGAGGUAGCGGCAGCUCCGGGCGCCGCCCUCGGGGCCGCCCGCGCGGCUCGAAGAACAAGCCAAAGCCACCCGUCAUCAUCACGAGGGAAAGCCCCAACGCGCUCCGCUCCCACGUCCUCGAGAUCGCGAGCGGCACCGACAUCAUGGAUGCCGUGGCCGUCUUCGCCCGCCGCCGUCAGCGCGGCCUCUCGAUCCUGAGCGGCACCGGUGUCGUCACCAACGUCACGCUCCGGCAGCCCGCAGCGCCCCCGGGCACCGUCGUCAGUCUCCAUGGCCGGUUCGAGAUCCUUUCCCUUUCCGGCGCAUUCCUUCCGGCGCCGUCGCCCCCGGGCGCCACGGGGCUGACCGUGUACCUCGCCGGCGGGCAAGGGCAGGUGGUGGGUGGGAGUGUGGUCGGGGAAUUGGUGGCCUCAGGCCCGGUGAUGAUAAUAGCCGCCACCUUCGCGAACGCCACCUACGAACGGUUGCCUCUCGGCGAGGAAGAGCUCGACACGGUUGCAGCGCCACCGGGAUCGGAGGGAAUGCCGUCGCAACAGAGCCCGGGAGGGAGUGGGGCAGAUGGCGUUGGUGGUUCUUCGUCGCAGCAGCCGCAUGCUAGAUUGGCAGCCGAGCCGCCGCUCCUCAACCUGCCGCCGAACCUGCUCCCUAAUGGUCAGAUGCCGCACGAGGUGUUCGGUGCAUGGGCUUCAACCGGUUCGCGUGCUCCACCAUCCUACUGAUGAGUACCAAAGCUUCCUCUUUCGCAUGCUCAAUAUUUAGUAGGAAGAGAACCAAUUGUCAUGCUGCUUGUUCCUGCUACAAAUCAUCAUCAUGUCUUUCCAUCUAAAUCUUACUAUGGCAUCGAUACUAUGCAUCGUUUUGUAAACUUAGACAUGUAUUAUUAUUGUUAGCUGCAGUUUCUGAUA